CUGACCUUCACUGUUCAUUAUUUAAUGUGUUCCUACCUAACUUUAUCGAUAAGUUUUGUCGUUUGUCACCUUGAUAGAAGUUGUUCAAUAAGUUAGAUGUUUUCCACGACACCGAGGAGUUGUUUCAUUGUCUAGCUGCUAUUUAAAGGUUUCUAAAGUCUACACAAAAUGUCCGUGAAACAAGCCUCUGUCCACGCCAAGUGGGUAAUAGGAAGAGUGAUCGGAACAAAGAUGCAGAAGACCGCGAAGGUUCGAGUGACCCGGCUUGUGCUGGAUCCAUACCUUCUUAAGUACUUCAACAAAAGGAAGACCUACUUUGCCCAUGACGCUCUGGGGCAGUGCACUGUGGGAGACAUAGUCCUGCUGAAGGCUUUGCCUGAGAGGAGGUCGAAGCAUGUGAAGCACGAACUGGCGGAAAUUGUGUACAAGGUGGGGAAUGUGGUGGACCCGCUGACUGGGAAGAGGGUGGCGGGGAGCGUGUUCCGGGAGCCCCUCUCUGACACCACAGAGCCCUCUGCUGAAUCCUUAACGGAGAAACUACAAGAGUUAAACAUCACAGCCUCUUCAACUCCAAACCCCUGAUGUUUGGAUGGACCUCACUUCUGAAAGAUUUUUUUUCAUAUGUUUUCAAAUGUCAUUGUUUGAUUUAUUUUGUUCCAGUUGAGAAUUCUUUGUUUUCUGAUCUCUGAGAUCAAAUUAAAAGUGAGUGCAUUACAGUAUGGUGUAGUCCUGUAGUGCUGAACUCUUUGUUGAAGUUAAAUGUGUGGCAGUGGUAUGGUGUUGUGCAGGUGGGAAUCAAACUGUUGUACCACUGGGCAAGGAGCUUAACACGAAUCACCUGUGUAAAUAUCCAGCUGUAUAAAUGGGUAACAUGAUAAAAUUUCAAGCUGUGUAAGUCACUCUGGAUAAGAACAUCUGCUAAGCAAAUGUAAAAUGUAACCAUGCUAAUUAAAGUACCAACUAUUUCUUUUA